CCUCCUCCUUCUCCCUCUCCUCCUCUUGUCCCCCCUCCUCCUCUCCGUUCUCCUCCCGCGCCCGGAAUGACCGCCGGAGCGCCCGCGGCGGCCAGCGGGGCGGGACAGGGCGCCGUGGAGCGCCGCGCCAGCGGGGGAAGCGCGGCGGCCCAGCGGCCCCCGAAGCCGGACGAGGACAAGGGCGAGGCGCUCGCCAUCAUGAGGGAGCUCGAGAAUCCGCAGAACGUCAAGCGGCUUUUCGAGCCCUUCCAGAAAGUGGCCCGCUGCAUGCAGUAUUACAUCGACGAUGCCGAGAUCCAGCUCAAGGGCUGCUUCGUGCUGUCCCUGAGCUGCGUGACGCACUUCCGCUACGUGCUGAAGUGCGGUGGCCUCACGGCCCUGCUCGGGGCCAUGCAGAGGUUUCCGCUCGACGUGAGGCUCCAGGCGAGCGGCCUCGAGGCGCUGCGGACGCUGUGCUGGACCUGGGAGGGCGCCUUCCAGGUGCUCCGCGAGGCGGCAUCGAGGCUACCUUGGCCCACCUGCCAACCUGCCAGAGGAC